GCCCGUAGAGUUGUGUACAGCAGGAGAAGGCAGCGGGUUGCUAACAGCUAGCUAGCCGGACCCUCCACUAACUAAUACGGCCGCGGUCAUGCUGCACACGGUAGGCUUCACUUCUUAAAAAAAAAGCCUCAAUUGGAAUAUCUGCAUCGCCACUAAAUUGUGCUAAAAAGAUAGAAUCGUUCCGUGCGAGCCAACGUUAGCUGGCCUAGCCGGACACGGGAGCUCGUUUCCCGAUACAAGAAUGGGGUCGUGGUCCACUUGGAUUAGCUUACUAGUAAAGUGACCUUUGGUUCAUCUGGAUGGCAAAUUUCACAAAUUACCCGGAAGGCAAGGCAGCGAUGUUGAUGCUGGAGACGCAGCAGAGGGACGUGGGCUCCAAGUCUUCAACCGGGGGGGAACCCCCUUCCCCGUUAAUUAACAUCGGAGAAGGAGGAGGCGGCUCUCGUUCCCAUCAGUUGCCGCCAUCAAGCCACCUCCAUCAGCAUCACUAUCAGCUGGCAACGCAUCAUCAUCAUCAUCUCGCCGCCGACGUCGCAGAGUCUCCAGGCAGGAAAUUGUCGUCCCCCAGCCACCUCCACACCGCCGAGGACCCCGCCGCCCCCCCCUCCGCUGCCAGCACCAGCGCCAGCGGACAUGUAUACGCCGCUGUCAGCGUCUCAAACCCCUCGGACGCGGCGGACGACAUCCGUAAGUGUGGAUACUUGCGCAAGCAAAAGCAUGGACACAAGCGAUUUUUUGUGUUGCGGGCCACCAGCCACCUGGGCCCCAGCCGACUGGAGUACUACGACAGUGAGAAGAAAUUCCGGAGCAGCCUGCGCUCGGUGGCCACAGGGUCCAGCAGUGGAGCCGUGGGCCCUUCCUCGCCCAAGAGGGUGAUUUACCUCUACCAGUGCUUCACUGUAAACAAGAGGGCAGACUCCAAAAACAAACACCUCAUUGCCCUUUACACGAAGGACGAGUACUUUGCCAUUGUGGCUGAAAACGAGCAGGAGCAGGAGGACUGGUAUGUUGCUGUCAGCGAGUUGAUGAGCGAGGGCAAGAAGGGACAUUUGGAUGCAGACGAUUUGGAUGACGGAUAUGGUACUGUCACCCCUGGUACUGUUUUUAAGGAGGUGUGGCAGGUGAACGUCAAACCUAAAGGACUUGGUCAAACUAAAAACCUCACAGGUGUUUACCGCCUAUGCCUCUCAUCCAAAACCCUUCAUCUGGUCAAGUUGAACUCUGAGACGCCCUGUGUGAACCUCCAGCUGAUGAACAUCAGGCGAUGUGGACACUCUGAAAGCUUCUUUUUCAUCGAGGUGGGUCGCUCCUCAUCGAUUGGUCCAGGGGAGAUAUGGAUGCAGGUGGAUGAUUCAGUCGUGGCCCAGAACAUGCAUGAGACCAUUUUGGAAACCAUGAAAGCCCUCAAAGCAUUCGCAGAGUUUCGGCCCAGGAGUAAGAGCCAGUCGUCAGGCUCCAACCCGAUGCCGUUUAUCACCACGCGGCGUCACCUGGGCAACCUGCCACCAAGCCAGACGGGGCUGCAGCGGCGGUCCAGGACUGAGUCAGUUGUGGGGACGCCACCGUCAAGCAAGAGCUCCGGCGCCAGCGGUUACCGCUUCCGCACAUCGAGCGAGGGAGAAGGGACCAUGAACCGGCCCUUUCACUCCGCCACAGGAAGCUUGGUCCACCUUCACUCAGUGCGAGCUCAGCACUGCCGUGCAGAGGGGUAUAGCGCCAGUAGCAGUGGUGCGGCGACAGGAAAUGCCGGGACCAGCACCGGAGUGGGUCGCUAUGUCCGGGCCAUCCCUGGAUCAUCAUCAUCAUCAUCAUCCACCUACCACACCCGCUCCGCCUCCCUCCCAGUCUCCCACUUCCCCGCCACAACCAGCCCUGUCAGCGUGUCCUCCAGCAGUGGCCAUGGUUCUGUCUCAGACACCCUCACCCGUCCAUCUAGUGCCUCAAUAUGUGGCUCACCAUCUGAUGGUGGCUUUAACUCCUCUGAUGAGUAUGGAUCAAGCCCGGGCGACUUCAAAUACUUCCGCGUGCGGAGCAACACCCCUGAUUCCCUUGGCAACACCCCGCCAAUCAGAGAGGAGAACGGCUUAAACGACUACAUGGCUAUGAGUUGGAACCGGGAGGUGUUUGGCACCAGUGGUGGCUCUGGGAACACCAGUGGGACUGAGACGCCCCGAGAUGAGAGCACAUCAACAACAGAGGAUGAGCGCUUCUCUUCACUGAGAAGGAGAACGCACUCUUUUUCCAGAACUGUUGGCGGUGCCACUGGUGGCCCUGGAGUGGCAGUCUACCAGAAAAUGACCCAAACCAACUUUUCAUUGGAUGAAGGGGCUGAUGUUGCAUUUGGCGGGGGGCUGCUCCGGUGCGGCCCUUCAUCCUCCACUUCCUCGCUGCGCUCCGACUACAGCUCUUGCUCCGAGCACAGCCAGCAGAGCCGCCCCUCCAUGCAGUCCCAACCGGAGACUGCCGGUGAACCCUCUGCCAAGGAAGACAGCGGCUACAUGCCCAUGAUGUGCGGUGUGGCUGCGUCCCCGAAGGACACAUGCCCUGACUACAUGCCCAUGCAACCCUGUUUCCACCCCAUCUUCCACUCCCCCCAGCUUCAUAGCCCAUCUUUGUGUCGUCGCUCAGCCCAGCGUCAGUCACAGUCGUCCGCCGAUGCCCACGGCUACAUGAUGAUGCUGCCAGGGGGCAGUGGCAGCGCGCCCCCCCCAGUGCAGGCCUCCAGCACAGCAGGUGCAAGCGGGAGUGGCAGCAUAGCUGAGAGACCUGAGAAUGGAGAGUACAUGGACAUGUCUUUCAGCACCAGCAGUGGAGGCUGCAAGCUGGAAGGUGGCAGCACAUGCAAUGCCCCUGAGGGCACCUACAAGUCUUACAGCCCUUAUUUCUCCCUCCCCCGCUCCUACAAGGCCCCGACCAGGGAGAGUGAUAAAAAGGAGUUUGGUGACUAUGUUCCCAUGAGUUCCCCCGCCAAACCUGUCUACUCAUCAGUUGCCACAGCUUCCAUAUCAACACCCGAGAGGAAGGGAGGGGGGGCCGGUAGCAGUGCCACGCCCUCACACCCACCCCCGCCUUACGGAGCUCACCACACGACUGCCACCAUGGCUGACCGACGCGUCAGACCCAACCGGCUCCCUUUAGGCAGGAGAAGUUUCCAUGGUCCACUGCGAGUUAGUGAGCCAUCCCCCUCAUCAACAGGCACCUCCUCCACGGCCGCCGCUGCUGGCACUUAUUCUGACAGGCCGCCCAGUCCCGGAGAGUAUAUCAACAUUGAUUUUGGCGAUCACUACCCCCACCAACAGCAGCCCCCCGCCUACCAUCUUGCCACCCAGGAUGAUGCCCCCUCCCUGGCCUCCAUUGACCACCGUCACUCCCCUAUGCUUCCCCAAGCCAGCCAGGACUAUAUGAGCAUGGAGGUGGGGCUACACCAUCACGACAGUAAUGGGAGUCUGGGUAAGAGCCAGUCACCCAGACCCAGCCUUGUGGCGCCCUGGAACCCGCCCAGCUAUAUCCGACCCCUGGCUAGCAAUUCGGCCACACUGGACUCCCCGGGGGUCCCUGCUGGAAGUCACUGGAGGUCAUCGGGUGACGACUACACAGACAUGACAUUCAGCACUGCUGAAAGGACUCAAAUGAGCCCCACUGCUAUGCUGCAGCAUCUCUGUGUGAUAGAGGGACACUACUCCUCCCCCAACCUGCCCCCGAUGAACCCUGGAAAGUUGUUGUCACACCAGCAGGAGCCAAAGGUUGUCCGGGCCGACCCUCAAGGGCGGAGGAGACACAGCUCAGAAACGUUCUCCUCCACCUCAUCCUCUAAUUCAACACCCUCUGGAGAGCCGCCCUCCGUUGCCCACCCGACACUGGCUGACUCUGCAACCUCGAAUGGAUCACUCACAACAGAGGGCCAAGCUUCCAGGUGGGCCAGCUUGGCCUCUUUUGACAGCGUGUGGAUGUCUGUGGAGGGUGUCGGGGACCUGCCAGCUGACCAAGCCCAAGCCAGUGCAUCAGACCUGAGCACAACAUCCAGCACCACCACCUCCGCCGGUGGAAUGUACAGAAACAACAUGUCUACAGGAUACCAGAAUGGCCUCAACUACAUUGCCCUGGAGCUGAGGGGCGAUGAGAGUCGCAUGGAUGCCGCCUGUUCAGCAGGCGCCAGCGAGGGCCUCAUGACGUCAGAGAAUGGGGCCUAUGCCAGCAUAGACUUAACCAAGUCAGAUGGAAUCGCCACAACAACAAAGGACUGAACGACGGCAGUCCUCCACGUUCCAACCUCCUGACAGCUCCGACCCCUUGACCUUCAACCCCAUUCACCCACUCGCAGAUGACCUCUGACCUUCACAUGGAUUGAGAUGAGAGAUAAAACAGAUGACAGAAAGAGCUUGCAGUUUUUCUCUUUUUUUUUGCGUUUCAAUUUGAGUCGCACUCUUUUAUUUUUUUUGUGUUUAUAUGUAUAUCUUUGCUUUUUUUUAUAUUGAAAAAAAUACGAAUUGUCCUACGAAAAGUGCUGCUCUCCCGCCUCGGGCAUCAAGUGAGCCGUCUUAUUAGCAGGUGGUUGCACUUGUUCAUACGGUGUUAAAAAGGGAGGCGUUACGGUACAGUCUUUUUAUGUUUCAACCUAAAAUAUUCAUUUUUAUGCUGUUUUUUACCCCAUCCAUCCUUGUUAUGGUACCGUGCAGUUAUUACCUUGUGAUAAAGAUCUGUGUGUGUAUACUGUAUGUGUAAAUAUACAGUAUAUAUAUAGAAUAUAUAUCAAAUCCCCUCAGAUGCGCACGCAUCACCGCACUCGUUCCCACAUCCGGUACAUACGUUCACUUGCACAUAUUUAUUUGAAGUUUGCAAAGGUCCGGUACAUUUCUUUCAUGACCAGGAGAUGCUAAGCUAAUAUGCAUAUGACUGAUGACGCCCCCUCCCCCGCAAAACAUAUACCGAGUCGCGCAAACAAACGCAACAUGUCUACACAUCGCACGGACCCACUGGGCCCGUUUCGGACACACACACGCACGCACACACAUGCCAGGGUGUUCGUCAGCAACUCUGAGUGACGUAAAGACGUUUCCAGUAACCUGAGCUGCAGCUGCAGGUGGACAUACUUGCCCUGCUACACGCACGCACGCACGCACAUGCAGCACCGGGCAGAACUCGCCGCCUCCUCGUUCUCGUAGGUUUGCGCACACUCGAGUCCAUAUUUAGCGUUCCCGCCGCAGCGCUCCUGUGACUGACCAGCUGUCCCCACGGCGAGAAGUGUACUUGAAAGCAACUCGACUGACACCUUUUCAUCCCUCCUGCAGAUCAUUUCCCUUCAUUUUGUGUGUGGACAUAUUUUUGCCAAGCAAUCUGUUUGGACGUACAGUCCCAAAAGUACCUCCCCGUGUUUCCUUUUUUGAAAGCAUGCCCCUUAUUUAUGAACUUUUUCUGUGUCGACACAGCGUCCAAAGUGUUAUUUCAUUAUUUCAAACUGGGCCGGCUCAAAUGUGUGUUUGGUUUAGCAAGCACUCACCUCACAGGUGUGCUGAUGUUAAAAAUCAUGCAUUAAAAAAUGGAACGUUAUUCAGGCAGCGAGGGACACCAUUAUGCAAGCGGCGCGUUUCCCUUUUCCCCCACCGCUUGUUUUACGCGCUCAUUUUUUGUUGUUGAAAGCGCUUCAAGCGUAGUGAUUUUUAAAAAUGUUUAGGCAUUUUGCAGUUAUUUGUAUAAAGAAGAUUCAUGUUUAUUUUUUGUAUCGAUAUUACAGUUAAUUUGCUGCUGUGUAGUACUGUUUAAGUUGCCAUCGGUGGUAACCAUGGCGACAGAGGAUGUUUAGCGAGGCUCCCAUAAGACGACACACUUCCUGCUACCUUUGUUGUUUCCCCCACUUGAAUGCUGUUGUUAAUUAGCUUUACGGACAAGAGAUCAAUAAAUAGUGUGGAGGUGUCUCUCCUUGGUAUGUGCGACGUUUGUCCUCCGUUUUGG